UUAUCUGCCACGGUCAUUGAGAGCGCGCUAUUCUCUCUGAGCUCACCAUCCAUUUUUCUAGAUAUAAAUCUAGAAUAAUAUAAAAAAAAUAUUCAAGCUUUAUUAUAUAUUCUGGAUGUGGUUUUUGUAUGUUAAGAAAAACUGUGUCUUUAUUAAUCAAGCAAUCUUGGACAGGAAACGAUUGAUCAAUACCCAUGUUUAGAUAUUCACCAUUGUCGGUUCUAGAUCUGGUACUGGUUCUAUACUGUGUUUGCAUGAUCGGUAUAGUUCAUGCACAGAAUCAAACUCAAGCUACUACAGAUUCUAAUGAAGCGAGGGCAUUAAAUUCCAUCUUUCAACAAUGGGGAAUCCAAGCUAAUCAAAACCAAUGGAAUAUAAGCGGAGAGCUAUGCAGUGGAGCAGCACUCGGUUCAUCACCCACUAUCGACGACCAGGAAUACAACCCUUUUAUCAAAUGCGAUUGCUCUGCCAAUAAUGGCACCACUUGCCACAUUACUGCGAUGAAAGUUUAUGCAAUCGAUGUUGUGGGUGUAAUUCCAGAUGAACUGUGGAAUUUGACUUUCCUCACCAAUUUGAAUUUGGCUCAGAAUUACUUGACUGGUAACCUCUCUCCAUCCAUUGGCAAUUUAACUCGCAUGCAAUACCUGAGCGUUGGCAUUAACUCCCUGUCGGGUGAACUUCCUAAGGAACUUGGAUUGCUCACUGAUUUACGAUCACUUGGUUUUGGAUCAAACAACUUCUCUGGUCCUCUGCCAUCUGAGCUUGGAAGUUGUUCGAGGCUAGAACAAAUUUAUUUUGAUAGCUCUGGAGUUAGUGGUGAAAUUCCUCCUACAUUUGCUAACCUACGAAACAUGGUUACUGUGUGGGCAUCAGACAAUGAACUUACAGGCAGGAUACCUGACUUCAUAGACUUCAUAGGGAAUUGGUCAAAGCUUGCGUCCCUAACGUUUCAAGGGAACUCCUUUGAAGGUCCUAUUCCAUCAGCAUUAUCCAACCUAACUUCUUUGAAAGAGCUGAGAAUAAGUGAUUUAUCAAAUGGAAGCUCUUCACUGGCAUUUCUUAAGGAUAUGAAAUCUCUAACUGUCUUGGUGCUAAGGAAUGAUAAUAUAUCUGAUUCAAUUCCAUCCAGUAUUGGAGAAUACCAGAAUUUGACACAGUUAGAUUGGAGCUUCAACAAUAUAAUUGGAAGGAUACCGGAUUCACUUUUCAAUUUGAGCCGGCUCUCUUUCUUGUUUCUUGGAAAUAACAAGUUAGAAGGUCCCCUUCCUGCACAAAAAGUUUCAUCGCUCCGAAAUGUUGAUGUUUCAUACAAUAAUUUAUCAGGGAGCCUUCCUUCCUGGGUUAACUGUUUACAAGUUAAUUUAGUUGCAAACAACUUCACAAUAGAUCUUUCAAAUAGCGGUGGUUUGCCAUCAGGUCUGAAAUGUCUUCAAUGUAACUUUCCUUGCAAUAGGGAACCUCCAAUCUAUUCUCAGUUUGCAAUAAAGAGUGGUGGUCCACCGAUCACGUCUUCCGAUGGAAUCUUGUAUGAGGGGGAAAAUGAGACUCUUGGUGCUGCAACAUCUUAUGUUACUGGUACAAACCGAUGGGGUGUCAGUAAUGUUGGAUAUUUUACCGGAACCAAAAAUCCUCAGUAUACUGCUUCCUCAUCAUCGCAAUCCACAAAUACUUUGGACCCUGAGUUAUUCCAAACGGCAAGGGUUUCUGCUUCGUCACUAAGAUACUAUGGUUUGGGGCUUGAGAAUGGCAAUUACACUAUCAACCUUCAGUUUGCAGAAAUAGUAAUUGAGGAUGGUAACACAUGGAGGAGUCUUGGGCGGCGUGUUUUUGAUGUUUAUGUCCAGGGCAAUCGUGUGCUAAAGGAUUUUGACAUAAGAAAGGAGGCAGGUGGAGUCUCUAAACGAGCUGUAGAAAGGAGCUACAAGGCUCAGGUGUCUGAAAAUUACCUUGACAUCCAUUUAUUUUGGGCGGGGAAAGGGACUUGCUGCAUUCCUUCUCCGGGUACAUAUGGACCUUCUAUUUCAGCAAUCAUUGCUACCCCAGAUUUCAUACCAACUGUUAGUAACAAGCCUCCAACUAGUAAAAAGGAUAGGACUGGUCUUAUUGUGGGAAUUGUUGUUGGCAUUGGAGUAGCAAGCUUUCUUCUUGUCUCUCCUUUUCUUGUCUCUCUGGUUUUCUUUGUCAUUCAAAGAAGAAAAAGGCAAAGCACUUAUGAUGAUGAAGAGCUCCUAGGUAUAGGUGCUAGGCCAUACACUUUCAGCUACACUGAACUGAAGACAGCUACAGAAGACUUCAGCCCUGCCAAUAAGCUUGGAGAGGGAGGAUUUGGACCUGUGUAUAAGGGAGAACUUAAUGAUGGGAGAGUGAUUGCUGUGAAGCAACUUUCUGUGGCAUCCCACCAAGGAAAGAGCCAGUUUGUAACAGAGAUUGCUACUAUAUCUGCCGUGCAACACCGCAACCUUGUGAAAUUGUAUGGGUGCUGCAUUGAAGGGUAUAAUAGGCUUCUUGUUUAUGAGUAUCUCGAGAACAAGAGUCUUGAUCAAGCACUAUUUGGAGAAACAAGUUUAUAUCUCAACUGGCCUACACGUUAUGAAAUAUGCUUGGGAGUAGCCAGAGGUCUAGCUUAUCUUCAUGAGGAGUCGAGGCUUCGGAUUGUGCAUAGAGAUGUGAAGGCAAGCAAUAUUCUGCUUGAUUCUGAGCUCAUCCCAAAAAUUUCAGAUUUUGGUUUGGCCAAACUUUAUGAUGAUAAGAAGACCCAUAUAAGCACCCGUGUCGCAGGAACAAUUGGGUAUCUUGCACCUGAAUAUGCUAUGCGUGGACACCUUACAGAAAAGGCUGACGUCUUUGCAUUUGGUGUGGUGGCUCUGGAAGUCGUAAGUGGGAGGCCAAAUUCAGACUCAAGCCUGGAAGAAGAAGAUUUAAAGAUUUAUCUUCUCGAAUGGGCUUGGCACCUGCAUGAAAACAAUCGUGAAGUAGAAUAGUAGACUCUAGAUUAUCAGAAUUUAGUAGACUCUAGAUUAUCAGAAUUCAGUGAGGAGGAAGUAAAACGCUUAAUAGGGGUAGCUCUUUUGUGCACUCAAACUUCACCAAAUCUUCGGCCACCAAUGUCACGCGUAGUGGCUAUGCUAACUGGUGAUAUUGAAGUGAGCUCUGUUACUAACAGACCUGGAUAUUUGACUGACUGGAAAUUUGAUGACACAAGCAACUUUAUGGAUGAUAAUGGAGGCAGAGGAAUUGAUACCAGUUAUUACAGUUCAUCUACAAGUGCAAGCAUGGUGACCGACGCAGAGCAUACACAUACAAGUGCCGCCAAACCCAUGCUUUCGGAGAUCAUUGGAGAGGGUAGAUAAAGAAACCUUCUUUUCUAUUUCCUUCUUUUUCUAAAUGUUCAUGCAUCUAAUUGUAGAAGUGAGCUUUGCUAUCUUAAUAUUGUUUUUCACUGAUGCAAUUAAAUGGAUAUCAUAUUUUUGUUUAA